AUGGCUUCGAGGUGUGAAGAAGACCUGUGCUGCCCCAUCUGCCAUGACAUCUACAAAGACCCUGUUAUUAUGAAUUGCACCCACAACUUCUGCAGAGCCUGUGUGGAGAGCGAGUGGAGAACAAAGCCAAGAAAAUGUCCACUGUGUUCGAAGAGACACUCUAAAGAACUACCUCCAAACAUACCUUUGAGGAAUAAGUGUCAGGUUCGCCUACGGCAAGAAAGAGUUUGUAAGCUUCAUAACGAGGACCUCAAACUCUUCUGCAGAGACCAUCUCCAGCCAGUUUGUUUAGUCUGUAGAGACUCGGAACAACACAAUGGGCAUACAAUCCGACCCAUCAAUGAGGAAGCUCCAAUUAUUCGGAAAAAACUUGAAGAUAAACUAAAACCGCUGAAAGACAAGAUUCAAGAGUUGAGUAAAAGCAAACAACUGUUUACAGAAUCUGCGUCUCAUAUAAAAUCCCAGGUGUGUUUAACUGAGACUAGAAUCAUCAAGCAUUUUCAGAGGCUCCACCAAUUUCUUGAAAAGGAAGAACGGAAUCGAAUCCAAGCUCUGAGAGAGGAAGAGAAGCAGAAGACAAAGAGACUGGAGGACAAGAUAGCAGAGAUCGGCAAAGAGAUACAAGCUCUGUCUGAGAUCAUCGCAUCCAUAGAGAAGCAGCUAGAAGUUCCAGAUAUCUCCAUCCUGCUUAAAUACAAGGCUACCAAAAAGAGAGUGAAGCACUGCCCCCUUAUGGAGACACCAAAGUUGGGCUCGGGAGCUGUGAUAAACCAGGCCAAACAUCUAGGCAACCUGGAUUUUAACAUCUGGAACAACAUGAAGAACCUGGUGGAGUUCUACCCUGUCAUUUUGGACCCUAACACAGCACAUCCAGAACUAACAUUGUCCGAGGAUUUAACCAGCAUAAGAUGUGUAAACGAACAAAGAAUUCCAGAUAUUCCUGAACGAUUUGCUUCUUAUGACCGCGUCCUGGGAUCAGAAGGGUUUAGUUGUGGUAAUCACAGUUGGGAGGUCGAAGUGUCCGGUAAAGAGUACUGGUCAGUAGGUGUGGUCAGUGAGUCUGUACAAAGAAAAGGAAGAAUGGAUGCUGGGAAUUGGGAAAUCUAUUUUAUAAAUGGUAAAUACAAAGUCGUCUCUCGGCCAGACACGUUUAAACAAUUGGACGUUCAGAAUCUGAGCACAGUGAGAGUGAACCUGGACUAUGACAAAGGAACAAUUUCGUUUCAUAAUGCAGACACCAAUGCGCGCUUAUACAAGUUCACAUGUAGUUUCUCUGAGAGGCUGUUCCCAACCUUUUUGACCUAUAACACUGCCCCACUCAAGAUUUUGCCUUCCAAGCCCUAUUUAACCAUUUCAUCUGCUCUUUAA